UUGUUUUUGAGUUGGUUUCUGCAAUUUGUUUUCUGGCUUUUGUUUCCAUAACUUGGCCCUUCAAAGUUCAAAUUGCCUCAAUUUCUUGUGAUUGCGGAAUUAUGAGGGCUAAGAAAUCUGAAGCUAAUUGCCUAUCUCUCUCUUACUUCAAAUUUCCUAGGUUGGGUUUGGUAUUUCUGAUUGGGUUUGGCAACAAGGUGCUUGAAAUGGCUACAGCGACCUACCCACCUCCACCACCGUAUUAUAAGCUAUACAAAGAUUACUUGGAAGAUCCCAAAUCUGCUCCUGAGCCGUCGCCUCCAAUUGAAGGGACAUACGUCUGCUAUGGUGCUAAUUACACCACGGAUGACGUGCUUCCAAGCUUGGAAGAACAGGGAGUGCGUCAACUGUACCCAAAAGGCCCAAAUAUUGACAGUCAUCGUCAAUGGCGGUCUCCGAGGAAGAGUGCUCCUCCGCCAACUCCAGAUCAUCCUCGUCCUCCCACCUCCAGCAGCUCUCACUACCUCUCCAAGUGCCUCCUCCGUGGCACCGCCAUUCUUCAGGUCCUAAACGGUCACAUCCGCUUCCCCAACUCCCACGACAUUGUUUUUGGCAAGGAUAAGGAAGGCAUCCCUCCUGAUCAGCAGAGAUUGAUUUUUGCCGGUAAGCAAUUGGAAGAAGGCAGAACUCUUGCAGAUUAUAACAUCCAAAAGGAGUCAACUCUUCACCUGGUUUUGAGGCUGAGGGGAGGAACUAUGAUUAAGGUGAAUGCUCUUACCGGGAAAGAAAUUGAGAUUGAUAUUGAACCGACUGACACCAUUGACCGAAUGAAGGAAAAGGUUGAGGAGAAAGAGGGAAUUCCUCCGGUGCAACAAAGGCUGAUUUAUGCUGGCAAGCAGCUUGGAGAUGACAAAACUGCUAAAGACUACAACAUUGAGGGUGGCUCUGUCUUUCAUCUAGUGCUUGCACUACGUGGUGGUAGUCUAUAAAUUGUAUCGUAGUAUUGUAUCUAUGAUUGAUUCAGGCGAACUCUUUUGUGAAGGCUUUACCGAGUCUUGAUUCUCCAGAACAUUUGAGUUGCAUGACUAGUGGGUUACUGUGGACAUAAGUAUUGGUGUUACAUGUUGCACUUUACCUUUCUGCUCUGUUAUGUUCAAGGUAAUGUCCUGUUGCUUCUACUUUUUACAAGAAAAUUUUAUCAAUCCUGAUUACAAUUGUUUUUUGCUUG